UCUUGACUCAUAAAAUCAUCAGUUAAACUACACGUCGUCCAUAAUCAUCAUAGACAAAAGCAACCAAUCCGUCGCCAAAAGAUUUGAACGACAAAUCGUGUGCGCAACGUGGAGUUUAAGAGUGCACACGCCUCUACUCUUCCACACCACUCAGUUCAAACUAUUUUUCCCGCAUUUUCGAUAGGAAUUUCCCAAAAUUUUCCGUUAUCCACAGCAGAAAAGAGAAGAUAAUCGAACAGAAAUGGAGCAAUGGGUUCCACUCUUUGAUAUCUUCCUCAACUCCUUGACGCCAGAAACCGAAGCAUCUCUGUGGUUAAAACAAUCUUUCAAUCCUUCAUCAUCCACCCCGGUCACCACAGGCUCGUUCAUCACUUUACUCACUAAAUCCAUUGAUGCAAUUAUUAGUUGCUCAUCUCCUCCAUCCACAAAGAAGGUUAUGUUUAUACAGACAUUGCCGAAUAUGGUGCAGUCGAGAAUUUUAUCCUUUCUUGCUUUUGAGCACGAGAUAUUUUCCAAACGGGACUUGUCUAUUUUGGCCAGGAGUUUGUUGUCAGAUGAUCAGGGGAUAGAUUUCUGGGUCAAGAGUGCUGCCUGCCAUCUGCUCGAUGAAGUGUCUGACUCAAACUAUGAAUGGAUUUCGGGCUUGAAUUUGGAUUCUGGAGAGCAGAGAGUUGAUGAAGAGUUUGACUCUUUCCCAGUUUGUCUUAAGGAUGCCACUAGUGCUGCUCAAUCGGUUCUCCCGUGGCUGCCCGUGUCACUUGAUGAAUUGCAUUCAAGGGAAUUGUUCAGUAUUCAUGACAGUGAACAAGAUUCAUCGACUCAGUUCGGAGAGGAUGGAAUAGUGGACAAAAUUGUGGAGGAAAUGGAGGUUGAUUGCGCUGUGAAUGAUCCUUUGGAGCCAGAAAUUCAAAACGUGGCGGCUAGUCUGAGAGCCCAAGUUAUGAAUUUUGAGUCUCGCUCUAAAACCGUAGAAUUAGCUGAUAGAAUUCGCCAGCUUUGUCUUGAGAAAGGAGGAAAUUCUUUUGCGGUUCUGGAUUUGAUUGAACCUUGGAAAGCGGAUGAUGAGAUUGCUUCCAUUCUUAUUUCUCAUUUUUCAAUUGGAACUGAUCAAGAAGAGCUUGGAUGGCCAAGUCAAGUUCUCAGUUCAAUUGUACUUCCAAAGAUGCUGGUUCUUGAAGAGCCAGCUUCUCGUGUGCUGGUGACUGCAAUGAUACACUACUGCAAGCUUCACCAAAAAGCUGCGGAAUAUGCAUUAUUGUUUCCUUUGAUAAUGAGAACUGGUGGCAUCAAUAACGCUAUAUGUGAUGUCAUCACAAGGAUUCUUAAGGAAUGCUUACAUUCAGUUCAUGUUUCAGCAUUUUGCCAUAAGCUGCUAUGUGGAGAAGGCAGGAAAAGAUUCACCUGUCUUCCUUGCCACCAGUGUCUGAUAUCCGAUGAACUGGUAUGGACAGAAUCAUUGUUUAACCUUUUCCAUAACGUUUUAAAUCUUAAUGUCAACUUAACUCAAGAUUCAGUUGAUCAAAUAGUUCUCCGGGUUCAAGAACUAGCUCAGAGGUUCUCAAAAUCUCUAAAAUUUGGGAACUUUUUGUUAUGUUUCAUUACCAAAUGUUCUUUAUUAUUGAAGUUUCAUAAGCUCUCACUGGAACAGUCGGUUGGGCAAACCAAUACUAUUGUUACUAAAUCUAUUUUAUCAAAAUUGGCUAGCUUCUAGCUUCUAAA